AUGGAUUACAUCAAAGCUCUAGUGGAGGAUCGUGAUUUAAUGUUACUACGUUUACAAACUUCUCUGAGGCUGCUACAGAUUUCGUCUCAAGAUGUUUUGUUAUCUCCUGCGUGGUUUGAUAUGAGCUUCAUUCAAGAGAGCACAAAGUACCCUUGGGCCAACAAGAAUGCUCUAUUCCGCUCGUUGCACGCUAUGAUGUGCCGAGUAGAUCAAUCGAGAGAUUGGACGAAUCACUCAGUCAUCAAGUCAAACCUUCAAGGAGAUGACGGUGUUGCUGAAUCUACACUUGGCAUGAGUAAGACGAUCGCAUGGCUGGUAUCUCAAUGCUACUCCUCAAACGAUGACAAAUCUCAGACGAAGCGAUCUAGACAGUCACAAUCCACUAUUCGUACGCUUCAGAAGAAGUACUUUCUUGUAUUCUUAGGUGUCAAUCUAAUCUAUGAGAGUGAGGUUCACAACCUAUUGCUGAAGAAGGCGGAGGUUGUGAAGGUACCAGUUCGAGAGAUUAGGUCGAUGAAAUCUACCCAGAAGUAUAACUCAGUCUUGCAUCAACUGUUCAAUGACCGACAUAAAUUCAGGAGUGCAAAUGCGAAAACCAUUGCUGGACCUUCUAAAGCACCAGCAUCCAUUGGCGGGAAUUCGGGCUCUACCUCGACAGCUCAGCCUUCGGCCAAAACUCCUGAUACUAAAGUCUUAGCUCAAACAUCCCGAGAUAUUUCAGACCUCAAGAAGCAAUUGGGUGACACACCUCAUUCUUACGGUUUACGUGCCUGGAAUCGGCUUGAUAAAUUAAUGUUUCAAAGCAUGAAGCGCUUCCUAACGGAGUCCGGUCAAUUCAACAUGAAAAUAGAAUGGAGUUCAAUGACAAAACAUUUUCAUGAAGAAUUUGAGGAGAAGAAGCUUGCUGGAUACUUCAUGUUGGAUAUGUUGACUGAGACACAUAGGCCUGGACUUAGUAUUGGUUUGAAUGGUUUGGUGCUGGACCAUGUUUUCAUUGACACAGCCAAGUUGAUGAAAAUGAACGCGCCGGCCACUGAAACGUUUCAAUCUCUGUUGGGUCCCACAGAGGGCCCUUUGCUACCUGUAACUGAUCGUGGCCGAAAUCUGUACCCAGAGGUCACUGAGCGCACUGAAGAAGACGAAGGCGAUGGGGAUUUGGGUACUGAAGGGGGAGAUGAUGAAGAGGAUGUUCACGCAAGUGAUGGUGCGGGUGAUGAUUAA